CUCUAAACCGGGGUCAGCAAACUUUUUGGUCACUGUAAACUUCUCCAAAAAGAAAUCUUGAAUUUAUGGACACCUCUCUUAUGGACGUGAUUUCUACAGAUACGGCUGCAACACUACGGAACAACAAAAUUCAACCCUGCUAUGAAGAAGUAGGCCUAAAUAAUAAACGCAUCAGUUCAUCACUUCAGCUGCCAUGUCGUCAUCAUCCCAUACCACCUGAUUACCUGAUUACGUGGAUCCAGUACCAGCUUGAACAAAAGCAUACUGAGUUCACCUGCCCAAGAUGUGGCGCUGGCAUAUCAUAUCAAAGACUUCGUGAGCUGGUCCAUCUCAAGCCAGAGAAGCAACAGUAUUUUGAAGAAACUAUUGCAACUCUCACUGCCUCGAAACUAUGCGAUUACAAAACUUGCCCAGGUUGCCAGUCCAAUGUGGAGAGAGCAGACCUGAACAACUUGUGUGUGCAAUGCUCCAUUUGCACCUCCAAGAUGGGCCGCACAUACCAAUUCUGCUGGCAGUGCCAAAGGGAAUGGAAAGGGCCGUACAUCAACGCCAAACAUUGUGCAAAUUUGGGCUGUGGACAGUUGAAGAUUUCCCAGCCUGAAGCCCCGUCAUCUCUUAAACUGUGUCAACCAGAGUUCAAGCGUGACAAGCUCCAGUCAGACAAAGAUGAUAUCUACUUGUCUUUUGACAAAUCGGCAAGAAGGAGUCGCUUGGCUUUGAUCAUCAACAAUUUAGAUUUUGUGCACCAUGAUUACAGAUGUGGGGCAGAGAUUGAUGAGCACAGGAUGAGAGUCCUUCUUGAACUACUGGGAUACGUGGUGGUGACACUUAGGAAUCUGACCUCCCAGGGCAUGGAAGCUGCUCUAGAAGACUUUGCUCACAGACGGGAACAUGAAGGCUCAGAUAGCUGUUUUGUGGUGGUGAUGUCCCAUGGUACUCAGGAUGGCAUCUGUGGAGUGUCCUACAGUGUCGCCCUGGAGGACAUUCUACCAGUCAACUCCAUUUUUGCCCACCUCAACACUGAAGGUUGCCCUGCACUGCGUGACAAACCCAAAGUCAUCCUCAUUCAGGCAUGUAGAGGAGAGGAAGACGGAGAUGUGAUGGUUGCUGACAUCGUCCCCAUGUCUAGGCGUAGGAAGGAGCACCGCGAGAAGGACUUCAUCUGUAUGAGAUCCUGCACUCCUGACACUGUGUCAUACAGACACCCGACGACCGGUACUGUAUUCAUUCAGACUGUCGUGGAUAUACUAAACAACCAUGCCCAUGAGGAACACAUUGAGGAACUGCUCAGGAUGGUGCAGAAGACGUUUAGGGAUAAACAUCCAGGCCAAAUGCCGUGCAAAGACAGAACCACCCUCUUGAAGAAGUUUUACCUCUUUCCAGGACUCUGAGUCACAACUGCCCGACUCAGUCUGCACACACAGCAGUCACGGCAGAGCUAGCAACAAUAUAGCAACCAGCAAUUAAGGUGAAGGUCAUGCCAACACCCGGACAAUUCACUGGUACCUCACUGACCAUAGAGCAGUGUUUCUCAACUGAGGUUUUUCUCAGCCAAAUUUCUCACUAUCUUAUGUGCAGUUGAAAAGACAGGAAAAACAUCAAACAGCCUGAUAAUCUUUCACGUGCACUAUAAAAACAAAGUGUACAGACACAAUACAUAGCACCACAGUUGACCAGUACAAUAGUUAUCAACCUACAGUGUACGCUGGGGUGUUUUAUUUUGUUGUUGUUUAUGGGGCAGCCGUGGCCUAGUGGUUAGAGAGCUGGUCUUUCAAUCUGGGGGUUGCAGGAUUGAAUGCCCCCUGACCUGACCCCACAUUGCUCCAGGGACUGUAACCAAUGCCCUGACAAAUAAUAACUGUAAGUCGCUUUGAAUCAAAUGAAAGCGUCCGCUAAGUGUAAUGUAAUGUUAUGUUAUGUAGAUCAAAGCGAUGUUUUCCUACUCUUAAAGCACAAUGAGUUGCAUGUAUGUAUUUUGUGAAUUGGGGUAAAAUUUAGGUCAUAAUCAUUAUUAGGCCUAUUAGUAGUAUAAAUAAUAAUCAUAGUAGUAGUAAGGUGAUGGUAGGAGUGGUUGUAGUUUUUCUAGCACACGUUGAGUCUCACAAAGCUACUAGUUUCUACUGCAUAUUAUUUCAAAUGUAUACCAGCACAAACUGUCUGGCCUUGCCCUCUGCUCACACAAGAUGAUCCCAGUCCAAACCUCUCCCCCACUGGUGCUACUAGAGUAGGGGGAACUGGGAACACUGAUGAUGGGCUAGACCCUAAACGUUUGUCCCCUGUCUGUCGGUUUUAUUUACUUUUUUCGGCUUUGUUUAAUACAGUUUUUGAUUCUGCAUUCAGCUCCAGUGUGCGACUCCUUUCUUCCUUUUCAUUAUAUUGCACUUGGAAUUACGCACCGAGCGAUACGCUCAGGAUAAGACAUUGGCGCGGACGACACCCCACCAUUGCUACUAGAGUAGGGCCACCACUCUCAACUUUACUGUGAGUUGUGUAUGUUCCAUUUUUUGUUGUUAAUUGUUUAUUU